AGAGGUGGCCAUCAAAAAAAUGCUAAAACCAUUUCAAUCAGAUAUUCAUGCAAAACGAACCUAUCGUGAAUUAAAACUUCUCAUUCAUCUUAAUCAUGAAGAUGCAUCUGUUGUACAAUUAUUUAAUGUCUUUUCAUCCGAUGAAUCAUUGGAUAAAUUCAAGACACUGUAUUUUGUUUUAAAUUAUGUUACAUAUGAUUUAAAUAAAUUAAUUAAACGAAAACAACCGUUUUCAGAAUUACAAAUUCAAACACUUGUUUAUGCCAUGUUAAGAGGUGUAAAAUUUAUUCAUUCGUCGGGAGUUAUACAUCGAGAUUUGAAACCGAGUAAUAUCGGUGUGGACCCCGAUUUAAAUUUGUCUAUUCUUGAUUUUGGUCUUGCACGAGUAGUAACUCCUGUUGAUGGUAUUUUAACUGGUUAUGUAGCCACACGAUGGUGGAGAGCUCCAGAGAUAAUUUGCAAUUGGGAGAGUUACACAUCAAAAAGUGAUGUUUGGUCGAUCGGAUGUAUAAUGGCUGAAUUAGUUAUGUUGAAACCAAUAUUUCCUGGGCGAGAUCAAAGUGACCAAUUGACAAAAAUUCUUGAGAUUGUUGGAACACCAACUGAAAAUAAAUUAGAUGAAAUUUGUGAAAUACAUGCUCGAACAUUUAUUAAAAAUAAUAUUGGACGAAAAUCAAAACGAGAUUUUCAAGAAUAUUUUGGCAAUCGUGGCUUAUCGCGCGAAGGUAUAACAUUUCUUGAUUCGUUGCUUCAGUUUGAUCCACGUGAUCGACCGUCGGUUGACGAUGCUUUGAACAGUCCAUAUUUA